AUUGAUUCUUUCCUCUCUGUUUCCUGCAACUAAGAGGUUCUAUCAAUUGUGAGUUUUAAAAAAAAUUAUCUUUUGCUGUGGAUUUUACCGAAUUACACUGAGUUGGGUCGGUGUUUUUCCUCAUGGGUACUGCUCCAACUCAGUGCCCAUCUGGAAUCACUGCAAGUUUCCAUGCCAAAUUUGAUAACAGAACUGAGUUUUCAAGCUCCAGUUUCCCAUCCACUCUUAAUCUUACGAAGCUUAGCUUUCACCCCAAUUCCAAGGGAUUAGUAAAUAGAAUAGGUUCUUUGCCUGAUAUCGAUGAUUUGUUUUGGGAGAAAGUCCCUACACCUCUACUUGAUGUGGUUGAAAGCCCCAUUCACUUGAAAAGCUUGAGCAUCAAGGAACUGAAAUUAUUAGCAGAUGAAAUCCGUUUGGAAUUGUCUUCUACAAUGUCAAAAACUCAGAGUUCUUUCAAGGCCAGUUUGGCGGUAGUGGAACUGACGGUUGCAUUACACUAUGUUUUUCAUACUCCUGUCGACAAGAUUCUGUGGGAUGCCGGGGAACAGACAUAUGCACAUAAAAUUCUUACAGGAAGGCGGUUCCUCAUGUCUACACUGAGACAAAAGAAUGGCCUUUCUGGCUAUACUUCCCGAGCUGAGAGUGAAUAUGAUCCUUUUGGGGCUGGGCAUGGAUGUAACAGUAUAUCUGCUGGACUUGGUAUGGCAGUGGCACAGGAUAUUAAAGGCAAGCGAGAACGUGUAGUUACAGUCAUUAACAACACCACAACUAUGGCCGGUCAGGUCUAUGAGGCCAUGAGCAAUGCUGGAUAUUUGGAUUCAAAUUUGAUCGUGAUACUUAAUGACAGUCACCAUGCUUUGCAUCCAAAGAUAGAAGAGGGCCCCAAGACAUCUAUCAAUGCUCUAUCCAGUACCCUUAGCAGGAUUCAAUCAAGUAAAUCUUUUCGCAAGUUUAGAGAAGCUGCUAAGGAUGUUACCAAAAAAAUUGGUAUGGGAAUGCAUGAACUGGCAGCCAAAGUUGAUGAGUAUGCACGUGGUAUGAUGGGUCCACCUGGAUCAACUCUCUUUGAAGAGCUUGGGCUGUAUUAUAUUGGCCCUGUUGACGGACACAACAUAGAGGAUUUGAUAUGUGUUCUACAAGAAGUGGCAUCACUGGAUUCAAUGGGUCCGGUGUUGAUUCAUGUGAUAACAGAGGAAAAUCAAGGUUCAGAAGCUGACCAAAAGAGAGGGACAGUGGAGCAGCAGCAAGAAGGUUCAAGUUUAAAUGGAAUUUACGCUUUCUCAAAUGGUGAUAGUUGCCAAACUUAUAGUGAUUGCUUGGUGACGGCUUUGAUUAUGGAGGCAGAGAAAGACAAAGAUAUUGUAGUAGUUCAUGCUGGAAUGGAAAUGGAUCCAUCACUUAAGUUAUUUCGAGAACGAUUUUUUGACAGGUUUUUCGAUGUUGGAAUGGCCGAGCAACAUGCAGUUACAUUUUCAGCUGGUUUAUCAUGUGGAGGGUUAAAGCCAUUUUGCAUAAUUCCUUCUGCCUUCCUUCAGAGAGCUUACGAUCAGGUUGUCCAUGAUGUAGAUCGGCAGAGUAUUCCUGUGCGAUUUGUCAUUACGAGUGCAGGCUUGGUAGGAUCAGAUGGUCCUUUGCAGUGUGGGGCAUUUGAUAUAACCUUCAUGUCAUGUUUGCCAAACAUGAUUGUCAUGGCAGCAUCGGAUGAGGAUGAGCUGAUGAACAUGGUUACUACUGCUGCCCAGAUUGAUGACCGGCCAAUUUGCUUUCGAUAUCCGAGGGGUGCCCUAGUCAUGAGAGAAUAUCCAAUAUACAUUGGAACAGGUAAAGUUCUUGUUGAGGGUAAAGAUGUUGCUUUACUUGGGUAUGGGGCAAUGGUUCAAAACUGUCUCAAAGCUCAGGCCCUUCUUUCCAAGCUCGGUAUUAGUGUAACGGUUGCCGAUGCAAGAUUCUGCAAGCCUCUCGAUAUCAAGCUUCUCAGGCAGCUUUGUAGCAAUCAUGACAUUCUGGUAACUGUUGAGGAAGGUUCCGUUGGAGGAUUUGGUUCCCGCGUUGCUCAGUUCAUUGCGCUCGAUGGACAGCUUGAUGGAAGACUCAAGUGGCGACCAAUUGUAUUGCCGGACAGCUAUAUCGAGCAUGCAUCGCCUGGAGAACAGCUUGCUCUUGCCGGGCUGACUGGACAUCACAUUGCUGCAACCACAUUAAGUCUUCUCGGACGUACCCGUGAAGCUUUACUUUUAAUGUGCUAGAAUGUGGCGUGGUUCUUCCUUACCGGAGAGGGCUAAACAGAGAAGAGCAAUAAUAUUGUUGCAUUGAUUAUCCCUAUAACGUGUAUAUCAGGGACUAAAAUUACGAUUGCAGUCACAUUUUCGGUUGUAUUGUGUUUAUCGCGAUUGCGGGCAUAACGGGUGUUAUUGUGGUCAUUGCAGGUAUUACGGUCAUACAAUAAUGGUUUCGGA